UUAGCGUCGUCAAUGGGAAGCACACGCCACGGUGGAAAAGCGAAUACUGUCUAGCUAACUUCCAUUUACAACAUGGGUUCCACGUCGAUUCCGUGUUUGUGGAUUACAUUUUGCAUUCAUCUAUGUUGUUUUAUGGACACUGGAAAAGCACAGAAUGCGAAAGAAGUGAUUCUGUUGGAUUCCAAGGCGCAGCUGACAGAGCUGGAGUGGAUAUCCUAUCCUCCUAGUGGGUGGGAAGAGAUCAGCGGGUUGGAUGAAAACUACACCCCCAUUCGCACAUACCAGGUUUGUCAGGUCAUGGAGCCCAAUCAGAAUAACUGGCUUCGGACUAACUGGAUAGAAAAGGGUGAUGCCCAAAGGAUUUUUGUGGAACUGAAGUUCACCUUGAGGGAUUGUAACAGUCUACCCGGUGUGGUGGGCACGUGCAAGGAGACAUUCAACUUGUAUUAUCAGGAAACCGAUUCGGAAGUCGGCAGGAAUAUACGAGAGAACCAGUACGUAAAAAUUGACACAAUCGCAGCAGACGAGAGCUUCACCCAGGGGGACCUGGGAGAGAGGAAGAUGAAGCUGAAUACAGAAGUGCGCAUCAUUGGGCCGCUGUCCAGACGAGGGUUUUACCUGGCCUUCCAGGAUGUAGGGGCAUGCAUCGCUCUGGUCUCUGUCAAAGUUUAUUACAAGAAGUGCUGGUCCAUCAUUGAGAACCUGGCCACUUUCCCAGACACAGUGACGGGUUCAGAGUUCUCCUCUCUGGUCGAGGUCGAGGGCAUGUGUGUCAGUGACGCCGAGGAGGAGGCCGACAACUCUCCCAAGAUGCACUGCAGCGCAGAGGGGGAAUGGCUGGUGCCUAUAGGGAAAUGUAUAUGCAAAGCAGGAUUUCAUCAGAAGGGCGAUGCAUGUGAACCAUGUGGCCGUGGGUUUUACAAGUCCUCGUCCCAGGACCUGCAGUGUUCGCGCUGCCCAGCACACAGCUACAACGACCGGGAGGGCUCGUGGCGCUGCGACUGUGAGGACGGCUACUACCGGGCGCUCUCGGACCCAGCCUCUGUGGCCUGCACAAGACCUCCCUCGGCGCCACAGAACCUGGUCUAUAACAUCAACCAGACCACGGUCAGCCUGGAGUGGAGCCCGCCGGCCGACACGGGUGGCCGCAACGACGUCACCUACAGGAUUAUGUGCCGGCGCUGCAGCUGGGAGCCGGAGGAGUGCAUGCCGUGCGGGGGGAACGUGGGAUACUCCCCCCAACAGGCGGGAUUAGUGGACACCUACGUGAGCGUGGUGGACCUGCUGGCCCACGCCAACUACACCUUCGAGGUUGAGGCAGUCAACGGGGUAUCUGACCUCAGCCGCACCCAGAGGCUGUUCGCCGCAGUCAGCAUCGCCACCAGUCAAGCAGCUCCCUCCCAAGUCAGUGAAGUCAUCAAGGAGAGAGUGCAGCAGCGCAGCAUCCAGCUCUCCUGGCAGGAGCCUGAGCAGCCCAACGGAGUCAUCACCGAAUACGAGAUCAAGUACUAUGAAAAAGACCAGAAGGAUCGCAUCUACUCCACAGUGAAGUCCAGGUCCACGUCAGCAACAGUGAACAACCUUAAGCCCAGCACUGCCUACGUGUUCCAGAUCCGAGCCUUCACAGCGGCCGGCUACGGCACCUACGGACCCCGGCUGGAGGUCACCACAAAGGAGGAGGCCUCAGCAGCCACCAUUGUCUCCAGCGAGCAGAAUCCCGUCAUCAUCAUCGCGGUGGUAGCCGUGGCGGGGACCAUCAUCCUGGUCUUCAUGGUGUUCGGCUUCAUCAUUGGGAGAAGGUACGCUCUCGCGGGCCCCAUUGACUCUCCGCUGCUACACUGUGGCUACAGUAAGGCGGACCAGGAAGGAGACGAAGAGCUGUAUUUCCAAUUUAAAUUUCCAGGCACCAAAACAUACAUUGACCCUGAAACCUACGAGGACCCGAACAGGGCUGUCCAUCAAUUUGCCAAGGAGCUGGACGCUUCGUGCAUUAAGAUUGAGCGAGUUAUUGGAGCAGGAGAGUUUGGGGAGGUGUGUAGUGGACGGAUGAAGCUCCCAGGGAAACGGGACAUGUCAGUGGCCAUUAAAACCCUGAAGGUGGGCUACUCAGAGAAACAGAGGAGGGACUUCCUGUGUGAGGCCAGCAUUAUGGGCCAGUUUGACCAUCCCAAUGUAAUCCAUCUGGAGGGAGUGGUGACUAGAGGAAAACCGGUGAUGAUUGUGAUUGAAUAUAUGGAAAAUGGCUCAUUAGAUGCUUUCCUCAGGAAACACGAUGGUCAGUUCACAGUGAUCCAGUUAGUGGGGAUGCUGCGGGGCAUAGCAGCAGGGAUGAGAUAUCUCUCCGACAUGGGGUAUGUCCAUCGAGAUCUGGCUGCACGAAACGUACUUGUCAACAGCAAUCUCGUAUGUAAAGUGUCUGACUUCGGCCUGUCAAGAGUGAUCGAUGACGAUCCCGAGGCUGUCUACACAACAACGGGGAAGAUGCAGGAUAUAAUGAAUUUGAUCUUUACUCCAGCCACUGACCUGCAUUUUACUGAACAGGGCGGAAAAAUACCUGUUCGAUGGACAGCAAUGGAAGCCAUCCAGUACCGUAAAUUCACUUCCGCUAGUGAUGUGUGGAGUUAUGGCAUUGUUAUGUGGGAGGUCAUGUCCUAUGGGGAACGGCCUUACUGGGACAUGUCCAAUCAAGAUGUGAUAAAGGCUAUAGAAGAGGGGUACCGCCUCCCUGCUCCCAUGGACUGCCCUCCAGGCCUGCACCAGCUAAUGCUGGACUGCUGGCAGAAAGACAGGGCCGAUCGACCCAAAUUUGAUCAAAUAGUUGGCAUCCUUGAUAAGAUGAUUCGCAAUCCCAAUACCUUGAAAACCCCAGUGGGAACCUGCACGAGACCGAUUAGUCCCCUGUUAGAUCAGAGCACACCAGACUUCACUACUUUCCGCUCGGUUGGGGAGUGGUUGGAGGCCAUCAAGAUGGAGAGAUACAGAGACAACUUCACCGCCGCUGGCUACAGCUCACUGGACUCUGUGGCCAGGAUGUCAAUCGAGGAUGUGAUGAGCUUGGGGAUAACUUUAGUUGGCCAUCAGAAGAAGAUCAUGAGCAGCAUACAGACUAUGAGAGCCCAGAUGCUGCAUCUCCAUGGCACGGGCAUCCAGGUGUGAUCACGGACUACAGUGCCCCCUGUGGACGGGCUAUCUAGAGCAGCGCUAAGGCAAAACCUCCCAGGAUAAUCAAUGAAAAUCAUGUGACGUGACGUCGUCACCUAUUUGACAAUUUUUUCCGGAUGUUUUGGAAUAAAAUAAUUCCUUUGAUCCUUGCCGAAGGAUUUAACCCCUCUUUAGAACGUGGACUAAGGAGAGAAUGAGAGAAUACUACCUGAACAUGGAUGCCGAACUUAAAACGCUCUGAGGAACUCUCAACCACAUAUCAAAUAGAGAUGGAGCUUUGGAUUUUGAUACGUAUUACCUUGUUCUUUUAACCUUGUGAAUGAUUUUAUUUGUGCACCAUGAAAAUGGAUUUCACUUAAAAAAAGGAAAAAGAAAAAAAAAUUCAAACAAUUUGCGGUGGUUUUUCAGUAUUUUCUUUUCUAGUUUGUUCAUUUUAUUAGUGCCACAGUGAUAUGGUGUGGUGCGUACAGUAAUCUUUCAUUUUUAUUUUCCAGUUUUUCUAUUUUGGACUUGACAACAGGGUAAACGUUCCCAUCCAAAAGGAUGAAAAUGGUGUCUGAACAUUUUGGUGGAAAUGAUUUAGAGGUACUUUGACCAGUUUGUCUUGAGACACUACUGGCUGUUUUAACUGUUUGCAGUGAGUUGUGUUUUUUCUUCCUGAUGUUUUUGAAGUGAAAAAUGGUAUCCUGCACCUCAGAUAAGUGACUUCAGAGAUAGUAGUAUUCUCUUGGUCGUUUGAUGCUUACAGGAGUGCUUUGCUGUAUGCAUUUUUCUGAACACAGAUGCUCACAUUUUAUGAUGAAAAAUCACAUUUCAAAUUUGUAUGUAGGAAUUUUGAAACAGUAUGAUACCAUCCAUUCAAAUCGAUUUAAGAUUGAUCACAACUUUUAUAUCUAAUAUCAAGCAUCAAAGUGGCAAUAUUCUUUACAUGUUCAUGUUUACCACAUUAAUCAUUUGAUCUUAUUGUCUAAUAUGCUUUCAAUCUGAACUCUGUUUUUCAUUGUUUAAUUGUUUAAUUGAAAGUUUCCAGAUAGCUCUAUAGAAAGAUUGUAUUGAAACUUAAUGAGAUGACUCGAUCCACCGGAAAUAGUGUUGCCAUUGAAAUACCCCCCCCCAAAAAUUUUUUGCAGCAAACAGUAUUUGUUUAGUAUUUCGGUGAAUACAGUGGUUAAGGGUGAAUCUAUGAAAUGUUGUGUACGUUCUUUCUAGAAGUAAUAAUGCCUUAAAAUGUGUUAGACUAAUGUAUUGCAAUUAUUUUUAGGCACUUCAAUGGCAAUGUUUUUUGCGGUUCAAUGAGACAUGUCUUGUGUAGAUUUGAAUGGAAAGGUUCCCCAUUUUCUUUGUGGUAUCCUUUCAUGCAGGAUAACGUUUAUUGUCACGAAUCUUGCCCUGGAUGCAGAACUGGGCAGUUUCUGCUACAUGGUCCAGCUGCAAAGUCCAAAUUGGCUAUAUCAUAAAGAUUCAUGAAAACAAACAUUAGCUUUUUGGUCUUAAUUUAAGGUUAGGGUUAGCAGUGUGGUUAAGGUUAGGGU